AUGAAAGCUCUUGUUCUAAAUACAUCCCUCAAAACGGCAAUCGUGGGAGAUGUCGAUCGCCCAACACCAGGUUCCAACGAGAUUCUUGUCAAUGUGCGCGCCAUAGCGCUAAACCCAGUAGAUGAACUCUACGUGUCGUCACCAAUUGCAGCUCAAGAGAAGAGGGUUGUCGGCACUGACUUUGCUGGCGUUGUUGUUAAAGCUGGAUCCGAGAUCACUGAUUUAUCUGAUCCCAGAGUCAAAGUCGGGACACGGGUUGCUGGUUUUCUCCAAGGGGCUUCAUCCGUGAAUGAUCGUCCUGGAGCUUUUGCAGAAUUUAUAGUCGUCCCUUAUGAUCUCGUGUGGAAGAUCCCCGACAGUCUGACUUUCGAAGAAGCUUCGACAAUCAGCAUGUGCGGUUUGACCGCUGCUCAAGCUCUCUUCGGUCGUCUUGGCUUGCCAUCUCCAUUUUCCUCGGCGUCGCAAUCGACGUCCGGAGGCCAUAGCAAAAUCACCAACCUCUUCAUUUAUGGAUCAUCGACUUCGGUUGGACUAUAUGCUGCACAACUCGCCCGUAUCGCUGCCAGGGUAUCUGGAAUGUCUACCCGGCUGAUAGGCGCAGCCAGUUCAUCUAAGCACGAUAUGCUUCGGAAUGAGCCCUAUAGUUAUGAUGUCCUUGUGGACUAUAGAGAUGAGUACUGGGUUGAAAAUGUGAAGCAGGCUACGAAUAGGAACGGCGUUGACCUUGCGCUGGACUGUAUCUCGGAGGGUCCGACAGUGUACAAAACCCACGGGACUCUGGCUCCUUCGGCAAAGUUCGCAGUCAUUCGCGGCCCAGUUGGUGGGCAAUAUGAUCCAGCACUACUAGCUAUCAAACCUACCUAUGGCGCUGUCUGGGAGGGUCUUGGUGUUGAAGUUGGAUAUAAUGGCGCUGUCAUCCCAGCUAAUCCAGAUGCGCAUGCCUUCGCAAAGGAGUUCUAUAACUUCUUAAGUCAGCCACUUACAUCAGACAUAGCACAGCUCGAGCCCAAUCCGGUGAGAAUAAUGCCUGGAGGUCUUGAAAGGGUUGUCCAGGACGGCUUCUCUCUUCUGGGUACUGGAUCAUGCCGAGAAGUUGGUGUAUAG